AUGUAUUAUGACGAUAUGGCGUAUCCGUAUCCUGGUAUUAGAUUCCGCAACCAUACACCUGAGAUCUCAUCGCUUCAAGGGAAAGAGCACGGUGAUUGGUGUAAACUAACUAAGGAAGAAAUAAAGACUUUGUAUCGCCAUAGCUUUCGACAGACUUUGGCAGAAGUUUCUGCUCCUAAUGGACAGUGGAAAUUGGGAAUGGCAUAUGGUUUCCUUUUUAUCAGCAUAAGUCUCAUGUUUUACGUAUUUGCACGUUUGUUUGUCGUGACACCCUCAAAGAGUGUCAUUGAAUUGCCGGAGUACAAAGAAGCUCUUCUUUACAAGAAGAUGUUCAGCCGAUCAGGGUCAGUCGCCAAGGCCUACCAGUUCGAUGUCUCAACAAUGCGUUUUAGAGAUUAG